GUAACAUCUGAGCUUGUAACUUUGAUUUUGGCACAACCCAAUAAUGGUGGUGCUUCAGCUUCAACAACACUCCCUCAUUUCUAAUGGCGUUUCUCGGUACCCAUUUGCCACUCCACCAUUUCAAAGACCUAGAAAUUUGUCCUUUCAAGCCCAAGCCAUUCCUUCAAGAACCCAAAGGAUAAUGGAGAGUCUCUCAGUAAACGGUGAAGUUGGUGGUGCUGGUGGGGCAUACUCAUAUAGUGCUUUAAAGAGGUUGGACCAAUUGUGGGCCAGUAUUUGUUCUGCUCAUACAGUUGUUCAGGAACCCCAGCAAGUCGUUUCAAGUGUUCCUGGACUGUUUUGCCACUCUGACCUGGCUGACAAAGAAGUAGAGUCAUUUGAUGUCUUAGUUUGUGGAGGUACUUUAGGAAUCUUCAUUGCUACAGCAUUAUGUUCCAAAGGUCUUCGAGUAGGCAUUGUGGAAAGGAAUGUACUAAAAGGGAGAGAACAAGAAUGGAAUAUAUCAAGGAAAGAGCUCUUGGAACUUGUAGAAGUUGGGAUUCUAGCAGAAGAUGAGAUUGAACGAGCUACAGCUGCAAGUUUUAAUCCUAACAGGUGUGGAUUUGAGGGGAAGGGUGAGAUUUGGGUUGACGACAUUCUUAAUCUUGGUGUUUCGCCUGUAAAGCUUAUAGAGAUCGUGAAAACACGUUUUAAUUCCCUUGGUGGCAUCAUCUUUGAGGGUUGCAGCAUGUCUAGCAUAUGCAUAUAUGGGGAUGCAGCUGUCUUGAAACUAGCAGACGGGAAGAUUUUGUCUUCACAUCUUGUCAUUGAUGCAAUGGGGAACUUUUCCCCUGUAGUAAAGCAGAUAAGAGGCGGAAGGAAGCCAGAUGGUGUUUGCCUUGUUGUUGGUUCUUGUUGUCGUGGUUUCAUGGAUAACUCUUCGAGUGAUGUCAUUUUUAGUAGUUCUUCUGUGAAGAUGGUUGGAGGGUCGAAAGUACAAUAUUUCUGGGAGGCAUUCCCUGCUGGAUCAGGUCACAAGGAUCGAACUACUUAUAUGUUCACUUAUGUUGAUCCUCAACCGGGAUGUCCAAGGUUGGAAGAAUUACUGGAAGAUUAUUGGGAUCUGAUGCCGACUUAUCAGGGAGUCUCUCUUGAUGAGUUGGAGAUUUUGAGAGUAAUAUUUGGAAUUUUUCCUACAUAUUGUGACAGUCCAUUGCCAGCAUCUUUUAAUCGUGUUCUACAGUUUGGUGAUGCUAGCGGCAUACAAUCACCGGUCUCUUUUGGUGGUUUUGGGAGCUUGACUAGGCACCUUGGCAGAUUAACUACUGGUAUGCCAUUGCCCAAUAUUCCUGUGGCAUAGUAUUGCUUUUAUUCGGUUGAUAUUGCCAAAUUAUCGAGUAGGGGAGUCAGAGAGCCAGCAUUUGAGGCUAUCGGUCAUGUUUGUUAAAUAACUUGAUUUCAAGUUAUAUUGUUGCAUAUACAGGUUUCCUCUCAUGAUUUCAAGUUAUUUAGUCUUUAUUGAUGAAUACUUUAUUUGAUUUCUAAUCAUUCUAUCCAAAGGAUGGACUUGCAUAAUCAAAUGCUGUAAAAAACAUGCUAGAUGUUCAUGUGAGCAGACACAAGACUUCUUUUUCUUUAUUUCUUAUUGACCAACUUUUAGG